CGUGAACCUUGCUAGCUACGGGACAGUCAAGCAUCAGCCUAGACAACAGACAAACUUACUCUGCUGCCAUCCAACUCAAACUUAUAAUAUUUACUUUGCUCUAGCUGCGACUUUGAAAUCCGUCGCUGUGUCAUAACUGUCACACUUUUCUGUCAAUCUUUAUCGUUGUCAUCAUGUUCAGACUACAAGCUUUGACACGUACCGUUCUCAAACUGACACAUCCGACACGCCCAUUGGUUUUAAAAAGACCAUUUAGACGAGGUGCUAAUAGCAUCGAACUGGAUCCCAUCGCUUUAAAUGAAGCUCGAGAUUGGAAAAAGUCAGCAACUGCUAAUAUUCUACCACCCGGACAAACAUCCUACUCCAGGUCUAGUGGACCGGGAGGUCAACAUGUAAACAAAACUGAGAGUAAAGCUACAACUACAUGGCCACUCGAUGUGCUGCUUCCGUGUUUACCUAGAGUGUUACACAGCAGCCUCAAAGAGUCAAAAUACUAUGUCAAGGGGACAAACUCGAUAGCAAUGCAAGCCCAAACGUCACGCAGUCGUGAUGUGAAUGCUCAAGAGAACCGCAACAAGCUUUUUGAAGAGAUCCAGCGCAUAUAUACAGACACAGUUCCGGGAGAAACCACGCAGGCAACCACUGACAAGUAUAAAGCAUUGGAAAAGUUUUACAACAAAGUCAGACUUGCGUCCAAAAAGCACCACUCUGCCAAAAAGAAUUUCAGACGUGGUGGACCUGCAGAUUGAAAGGCCGGCCACUCCACUCCUGUCUUCUCUCAAUUAAUCAAAAGCAGCCCUAGCUAUGCUGAUUGCUGAUUUGAAUCUCACGAGAAACCAUGGCGGCUUUAUCAGCUACAAAAGAGUUGCCGGAUUGUUGCAAUUGACUUGCGUCAGUACUACCACUAUCAAUCUAUUCACCGGCCCCAGCGAUCAAGUACCAGACUACCAGUAAUGGAUGAUGAUAUCCUAGCCCAUCUGGAAUAACAGCCAAGUUGCCAAAUCCCAAAGACACGCGCGUUUAAAAUGGAUGGACGUCGACAUGCAGACGCGCCAAUUCUUUUUGAAUCUUGCAACAGCGGCUCAGUCCUAGGCGCUUCCCCAAACUCCUGUUAUGCAAAAAGUAGGACUAAAUAAACCUCUGGCGAUUUGGGGGCCACAAGCGGUGCGAGAAC